UUAGACAGAGAUUUUUCCCUUUUUCCUCUAGGUAUUGAGACAUGGCUCCCACAGUCUUCCUAGUCAUCCUGUGCUUGGGAGUGGCCUCAGCUGCUAUAGUCCCUGAUGCCAGUUUGGAUGCUGAAUUGCAAGAGGAGAAGGAUAAAGAAGGACUCAAAAAAGCACUGUGGAAAGAGUUUAUGAAGACUUUCAAACUGGACAACAGCAAACAUGACCAAGAGACAGAUGGCUUCCACAUAGAAAUGAUUGCCUCUGGUGAGCUGACUGAUGAAGAAUUCACAGAAACAAUGACUAACAUUUUAUACUCAAUGUUUGGAGAAGAGAAAAACCAAACACAGCCAGUUGACGAUGUCCCCGAAUUUGAGGAUUUGGCAGAGAGUGGUGAAGAGAUUCUAGUACAGGAUCAGGUAUGA